GAUGUAACAAAUCGCGCCUUGAUCAGUGCUGAUUGAUUGGCGUGCACAUGUUUGUGGACAGCUCUCGAAUUUCUCAUAUUUUUGAUUGACUGUCCUUCAAUUGUUCCAUUGCAAACUGAUUCAGGAAUGUUCAGUCAAAGACUUAAUCCACUCGGCUUGAUAAAAAGAAUCACUGUCAUGUCCUGUCGACCAUUGACUUACGAGUCAUUCCUCAAAUACACCUGCGAGAAUGAGCCUGUCCUCGAUUAUUUGGCCGGCAGUGAGGAGCGAAAAAAUCUUGAAGCAGCACUUAAAAAAUAUGAAGGGGUGACAGAGGUUCCGAUUUGCAUUGGAGAUGAAGAAAUUAAGACUUCUGAUAUCAGGCACCAGGUUGCACCCUUUGAUCAUCAGAGAAAAGUUGCCAAAUUCCAUUAUGCAACACCAGCAAUUGUUCAGAAAGGCAUUGACUCCUGCAUGUCAGCCCGCAAAGACUGGGAGGCGACACCUAUUGAGAAGAGAGCAGAGAUAUUCCUCAAAGCGGCUGAUUUGAUUGCUGGAAAAUAUCGUGGAGAAAUUCUGGCGACAACCAUGCUCGGACAGGGCAAGACCAUCGUCCAAGCUGAAAUUGAUGCGGCCCCGGAAUUAAUUGACUUCCUAAGAUUUAAUGUAAUGUUUGCAGCGAAAAACCUCACCUACACCCCCAUCAGUACAGAGCGCUACAUCGACACGCUGAGAUACCGAGGCAUGGAGGGAUUCUGGGCAGCGGUAUCGCCCUUUAAUUUCACUGCUAUUGGUGGCAAUCUGAGCGGAACCCCUGCCCUCAUGGGUAACGUGGUAAUGUGGAAGCCGUCAGAUACUGCCGUGUUAUCAAACUACCUUGUCUACCGUAUUUACCGUGAGGCCGGACUCCCUCCGGGUGUCAUCAACUUCGUCACAGCUGAUGGGCCGGUGUUCGGUAACGCGGUCACAGCAUCACCUGACCUCUGUGGAGUCAAUUUCACCGGCAGUGUCAAAACAUUUCAACACCUGUGGAAGCAAGUUGGAAUGAAUUUGGAAAAAUAUAAGACAUAUCCAAGACUUAUUGGUGAAUGUGGUGGCAAGAAUUAUCACUUUGUACACAAGUCGGCCGAUACGGAGUCUGUCAUAAAUGGCACCAUCAAGUCGGGCUUCGAAUUCGGAGGACAGAAAUGCUCCGCGUGUUCACGCAUUUAUGUGCCGGAGUCGAAAUGGGCUGAGGUGAAGGAUGGUUUGAUUGCGAGACAUAAACAGAUCAAGUUAGGUUCACCGCUUGAGCAGGAUUCGUACCUCUCUGCCGUCAUUGAUGACAAGGCUUUCGGCAGGAUUAAGAGCUAUAUUGAUCAUGCGAAGACGGCACCUGAUCUUACUGUGAUUGCUGGAGGAAAGUAUGAUGACAGCAAAGGCUACUAUGUUGAACCAACCAUUGUCGAAUCAAAGAAUCCCCGCGAAAAGAUCAUGCAGGAGGAGAUCUUUGGGCCCGUCGUGACUGCCUAUGUCUACCCUGACAACGAGUGGAGGGAGAUCCUGGAUGUGAUCAACACAACGUCUCCGUAUGGUCUCACUGGCUCAGUCUAUGCCCAGGAUGAGGGUGUUGUAAAUGAGGCUGUGGAAAGUUUGAAGCAGACAGCAGGCAACUUUUACAUCAAUGACCAGUCUACUGGAUCUGUCGUGGGACAGCAGCCAUUUGGAGGUGCUAGAUUAUCAGGAACGAAUGACAAGGCCGGCGGGCCCCACUACGUUCUGAAGUUCUGCUCCCCUCAGUCCAUCAAGAGGACCGUUGUGCCUGUGACUGAAUGGAAGUAUCCAUACAUGAGCAGCUAAACAUGGAUGUGACUAGUCUCGCUGGUGAAGGUAUCGGUUUACCUUUGCAACACAAUAGAAACAAGGCCAUGCUAUUGAAUACUGUGUUGAAGGGAAUAGAAUUAUGACAUGCAUGGCCUUAUGCCCCUCAAAAUGACCUUGUCUUUUUCUGUUUCUUUUGUGUUGUCAUUUCCCCUACAGGUAAUAUCUAAUUUAUUUGGGCAAACCGAUGCCUUUAGCAGAGGAAUAUAUCUGAUAUUUAAACCAGAAUUCAUUCAAUACUGGAAAUAACCAGAUUGAGAUUAUGCUAAAAUGGCUUUGAUUUUUACUCUCAAAAUGGUUUGCCCAAUAAGACUUGUGUAUAAUACUAUUGAGUUUAUGUUUUUCCGAUUUUAAAUGAACAGAAUGUGAGCCCUGCCUAAAUUCCUCAGUUUCUUAACGAAAAGCCUACAGACUAGGUUAGGCUUUCUGUGAUCAUGAUCCAACUAUGUUGACAAAUACGUGACUUAAACUGUUAAGAUUUUGUUCUCCUGGUGUCAUUUACUUCGGAGAAAACUUGUAAUUUACACAUUUCACAUUUAUAUUAAAUGUGAUUCAGUGAAUGAUUAGGACCUCUGAUGGAGAGUGUCUUGGCAAUAAAUUUGGGUUUCAAUGUAAGAUUAUGGCAAGUUUUACAACAAAGACUUAGGUAGUAGAAUCGUGGAUUAGAAGCUUGGAUAGCAUUUUCUGUUAAGAGGUGUAUAUAUGGUUUGGAUGUGCUUUAGAGAUGUGUAUGAGCUUCGAUUGUUUGCUGGAGACAGUUUACAUAAUGAUGUAACAUAUGAUUUGUGUUGAAUGAAAUAAAAUUAUGAAUUUCUACAUACA